AAACCAACCCUCUUCCUCUCUCUCUCUCUCUCUCUCUCUCUCUAACCAUGGAUUUUCCACAAGAUUUCAGAUGUCCCAUUUCAAUGGAGCUCAUGGAAGAGCCCGUGACCAUCUCCACAGGGGUCUCCUACGAGCGAAAAAACAUCGAAAAAUGGCUCUUCACUUACAUGAAAACAACGUGCCCGGCCACGAUGCAACGCAUCGAAAACUACGACGUCACCCCCAACCACACCCUCAAGAGGCUCAUCCUCUCGUGGCAACAAAACGGGUACGCUCCGUCUUCUCCACCACCAUCGCCGGCGCAGCAGCCAUCGACCAAGCACGACGAGCUGGUCUCUCUCAUCGGCACGGUCGGGUCAACGCCGUUCAAGGUGAGCUCGUUGAAGAAACUCAAGGCCAUCAUCGAAAUGGGAAACGAGACGAAACGAGAUUUCAAGAAAAGCGGAGGGGUGGAAGCCCUUGUCAACAUAGCUGUGCAAGUUCUCGACGAAAACUCGGAUUUCGCGGCGUUUAGGGAUUGCGAGGAGGCUCUAUUAGUUCUUCACCACCUAGAAUUAUCAGAGGAAGACGAGUCGUUGAUCCAGAGCUGUUUUUCGCGGCCCGAGUCGAAGAAGGCCCUCGCGGUCAUGGUCCAGAGGGGGAGCGCGGAGGCGAGAUUUUACGCGAUCUCGAUGUUCCAAAAACUUGCCAUGGCUAAAUUCGAUUGGAAUGUCGUUAUCCAAGACCAAGGGAUGGAUUUCUUCAAGUCCAUGCUGGAGCUUGUUUCAGACGGGAUUUGCACCAAGGCCAGCUCGACUGCUCUGCAAGUGUUGAUAGAGAUAUUCAACUCGUCGAAAAAGAGCCGGUUGAAGGCGAUAGAGGCUGGCGCGAUGUGCGUCCUCAUCGAAUUCCUUCCCGAUUCAAACCAUUCAAAGUGCGAGAAGGUCAUGGAGUUGAUCAAGUUACUGUGCGAGUGCGCCGAGGGGAGAUUAGCCUUUCUGGAGCACGGGCUAGCGAUCGGCGCGAUAUCAAAGAAACUGUUACACGCAUCGAAUUGUGCUACGAAAAUCGGGGUGAAGAUAUUGUGGGCGAUAUGCAAAUAUCAUCCCACGGAGAGGGUGUUGGAGGAAUUUGUCGCAUUCGGGGCGGUGAAGAAGCUGGUGGCGCUGCUUCAUAUCAACGGCCCGUCGUCGACCAAGGACAAGGCGGUGAUGAUACUGAAGAUGCAUGGGAGUUCAUGGAUGCGUUGCCCUUGUUUUCCUACUGAGUUGGGGGAUUAUUUGGGAUUGGUGAACGAUUUCUCCUAAAUGGAAAAUGAAAAGGACUGGGAAAGGAAAACAAAAGGAAAAAAAAAAAGAAAAAAAAAAUGUAAACGUACACGUUAUAUAUCUCAAUAAAAUAUGAAAGUAGUGAAUA